ACAGUCCUAUAAAUAGAGCGCGCCGCAGCCAUUUUAGAUACGGAUUCUCUUUCGAAAAAGGAGUUAUAGUGCUGAGAUGCCUGAGCCGGCCAAGUCCGCCCCUGCGCCCAAGAAGGGCUCCAAGAAAGCCGUCACCAAGACGCAGAAGAAGGGCGACAAGAAGCGCAAGAAGAGCCGCAAGGAGAGCUACUCGAUCUACGUGUACAAGGUGCUGAAGCAGGUGCACCCGGACACGGGCAUCUCGUCCAAGGCCAUGGGCAUCAUGAACUCCUUCGUCAACGACAUCUUCGAGCGCAUCGCCGGCGAGGCCUCUCGCCUGGCGCACUACAACAAGCGCUCCACCAUCACGUCGCGGGAGAUCCAGACGGCCGUGCGGCUGCUGCUGCCCGGCGAGCUGGCCAAGCACGCCGUCUCCGAGGGCACCAAGGCUGUCACCAAGUACACCAGCUCCAAGUAGAGCGUCUCGGAUCGUCAGUUUUUAACCCAAAGGCUCUUUUAAGAGCCACCCACAUACUCCCUGAAAGAGCUUUAACACAGCAGUGUUCUGUUUGUUUUAGGUUUGAACGAGCACACAGGAAACUGUAAAACUUUAACUGUGUAUGUUAGGUAAUUAACUUGCAUACAACGACUAAGGGGCUGAAACCCUUUACAGUUUAAAGCAAAUACAAGUUGUUAAAUAUUAUUUCAUUAUUGUUAACCCUCCAAUACUGGUGUUUUCAAGAUAUCAGGCAAUAAAUUCCAGUAAGUGAAAGCUUUUUUUU